ACGUUCUUACCGGAAGUUAGGAAAGCGUGCUUCGUUUCACAACUUUCUAAGAUAUUUCCCUUAGUUAAAGGACUCUACGUCGUCAUUACACGUUACUCGGAUUUCGACCGUAUUAUUUUGGAAAUAAAUUGAUAGUUAAAUUUUGCUAAAGAUGACUGAAAAUAAUGGUAAUUCGCUCGCCCAGCUUAAGUUAAAAAUAGUUAAGCAAGUGGAGUAUUAUUUUGGUGAUAUCAAUCUUGUGAGGGAUAACUUUCUGAAAGGUCUCAUUAAAGAGAAUGAUGGCUGUAUCCUUUGUUAAAUAAUAUAAACGUAUCAUAAUUCCUAGAUAAUUUAAAGUCAUAUUGCUAUACGUGUUAAAUUUCCUUAACUUUCUGAAUUAUAGGGGUUUCUUUGGAAAAUAUGAUAAAAUUUAAUAGAUUGAAAGAAUUGUCGACUGAUUUGAAAGUAAUAGCUGAAGCUCUUGAUGAAUCAAAAUCUUCUUUGAUUGAGCUUAAUGAAGAUAAGACACAAAUAAGACGAGUACUAGAAAAACCCAUUCCAGAAAUGAACGAAGAACGAAAAGAAAUGCUAAAGGAUUUAACAAUCUACGCCAAAGGAUUUCCUCUCGAGUCUUCAAUGACAGAACUAAUGACAUAUUUUGAGGAAUAUGGAAAAGUUCAGCAUGUGCAAAUGCGCCGAGAUAAACAAAAAAAAUUUAAAGGUUCCGUUUUUGUUAUUUUCGAGGAAAAAUCGUCUCUUGAUAAAUUUUUGGCGGAGGAAGGGACGAAGUAUGGAGAAACAGAGCUUGUAAAAAUGCUAAAAGAUGAUUACUGGAAGAAAAAAAUCGAUGAAAAAAAAGACCGUAGGGAACAGGAAAAACAGGAUAAAGAACAGGCCGAACAAAAGCGCAUAGACGAAGAAAGAAACAGAUUUUUAGAAAGAGUAACCAAGGGUGCAGUUUUGAAAUUAACAGGCAUAGCUAAAACAAUCUCGUUUGAAGAGGUAAAGAAAUUUUUUAACGAAGUAGCUGAAGUAGCUUAUGUGGCUUAUAAAACUGGAGAUACUGAGAUGAACAUUCGCUUUAAAGAAGAAAACGAUGCAAAAAAAGUGUUUGAGCAAUUGGAAAAAUCUGGAAAAAUAUUAUACAACGAAGAGGAACUUGACGCCACUGUUUUAGAAGGUGAAGAAGAAAUAGAAUACUGGAAAGAUCUCUUUAGAGAGAGAAAAUCCAAUCCUAAAAGCAGAAGGGGAGGAAAACGACAAGGUGGUAACCGAGGAGGUUAUGGUCCAAAUUCUAAAAAGAGAAGGGUCAAUGGAAACAAUUAGACUUAGGAUAUUUUCUGGCAUUUAUGUUUGGUUAAAUCUAGACAUUUGUAAAUCUUUAUAGAAAAAAUUUCUCUCUGGAGAAUUUCUUUCGAAUUUUUGAUAUAAAAAUAUGUCACCUUUAUAUAGUUUAAAGAAAGUUGUUACACAUGGCUGUGUAAUGUUGUAAGUUGUUUGUUGCGUUAAAUUUAUGGAUUUUGAAAUUUAAUAUCAUCUAUUCGCAUCUAAAAAUAUAUUUAACUCCAAAAAA